AUGGAUGACCCAGGAGGUGAAUGCUGGGAGCAGCAGGCUGCCCCUCCCCGACUCCAGAGAAGUCCUUUCUAUCUGGGGACCCUGGCAGCUGGCUCCGUUCUGCAACUUUGGGGGCUUGAGGUCAAGUGGGGACUCAGCUAUUCCUUCUCUCUCUCUCUCUCUCUCUCUCUAGGGAAGGCCUACGAGAUCACCUACGUGAGGCUCAAGUUCCACACCAGCCGCCCCGAGAGCUUCGCCAUCUACAAGCGCAGCCGCGCGGGCGGCCCCUGGGAGCCCUACCAGUACUACAGCGCCUCCUGCCAGAGGACCUACGGCCGGCCCGAGGGCCAGCGCCUGCGGCCCGGCCAGGACGAGCGUGUGGCCUUCUGCACCUCCGAGUUUAGCGACAUCUCCCCGCUCAGCGGCGGCAACGUGGCCUUCUCCACCCUGGAGGGCCGGCCCAGUGCCUACAACUUCGAGGAGAGCCCCGGGCUGCAGGACUGGGUCACCAGCACGGAGCUCCUCAUCUCCCUAGACCGGCUCAACACGUUUGGGGAUGACAUAUUCAAGGACCCCAAGGUUCUCCAGUCCUACUACUAUGCAGUGUCUGACUUCUCCGUGGGCGGCAGCUGCCGGGACCAGACCACCCUCAGACCACAGCUGGUAGGAAGUCCGUGCCCCAAGCUGGAGGCCACAGGGGCCACUCUGGACGGGGAUGGCGGCCAAGGAGGGCCAGGCUGUGCCACGCAUGCCGUGUCACCGCCACAUUCCUGCCCCACUCCACCCAUUGCUUCAUCCUGCAGGCCCUGCAUGUGCAGCGCGGCGGGCAGCCUGGGCACCUGCGACCCCCGCAGCGGACACUGUCCCUGCAAGGACAACGUGGAAGGCAACUUGUGCGACAGAUGCCGCCCGGGCACCUUCAACCUCCAGCCCUACAACCCCACCGGCUGCACCCCCUGCUUCUGCUUUGGCCACUCUACCGUGUGUGCUGUGGCCCCCGGCUUCCAGACCCAGCCCGUCAUCUCAGACUUCCGCCAGGGAGCGGACGGCUGGCGGGCCACGGGCAGCGGGGGUUCGGAGCGGUCCCCACGAUGGAGUCCCAGUGGGGUGCUCUUGGGCCCCGGAGACGAGGAGCUCAGGGCACCAGAGCGGUUCCUGGGGGACCAGCGGCUCAGCUACGGGCAGCCGCUCACACUGACCCUCCGCGUCCCCCCCGGGGCACCCCCACCCCCCGUGCGGCUGAAGCUGGGAGGAGCCGGCCUGGCCCUGGCCCUGAAACCCUCCAGCUCCUCUGGACCCCCGGGGGCCGGACAGCCGGGGCUGCUGCAGCUCCACUUCCUCCUGCAGGAGACGUCUGAGGACGCCGGCCCCCCACUGCCUGCCUUCCACUUCCAGAGGCUGCUCACCAACCUGACCGUCCUGGGCAUCCGGGCCAGCGGCCAAGGCACGAGCACUUCCGGCCAAGUGUUCCUGACGGAAGUCCAGCUCCCAUCUGUGCAGCCCGGGCCCGGGCCUGCUCCGCCGGCCGCCUGGGUAGAGGCUUGCUCCUGUCCCCGGGGCUACACGGGCCAGUUCUGCGAGUCCUGUGCUCCGGGAUACAAAAGGGAGACGCCCCAGGGGGGGCCCUACACCCGCUGUGUCCCCUGCACCUGUAACCAGCAUGGCACCUGCAACCCCAACACAGGGGUCUGCCUGUGCGGCCGCCACACCGAGGGCCCCUCCUGCGAGCGCUGCGCGCCGGGCUUCCACGGCAACGCCUUCACCGGCCGAGCGGACGCCUGCCAGCCCUGCCCAUGCCCCGGACGGUCGGCCUGCACCACCGUCCCAGACAGCGGGGAGGUGGUGUGCACCCACUGCCCCCCGGGCCAGAGAGGGCGGCGCUGCGAGCAGUGUGAGGAUGGGUUUUUUGGAGACCCUCUGGGAGGCCGUGGGGCCCCCCAGCCCUGCCGCCCGUGCCCAUGCAGCGGGAACGUGGACCCCAACGCCGUGGGCAACUGUGACCCCCAGUCCGGCCGCUGCCUGCGCUGCCUGCACAACACCACGGGCCCCCGCUGCGAGCGCUGUCGGGAAGGCUUCUACGGGAGCGCCCUGGCCCUGCGGCCAGCCGACAAAUGCACCCCCUGCAGCUGCCAUCCAGGGGGCUCCGCCAGCGAGCUGAGACCCUGCCACCCGGUGACCGGUCAGUGCACCUGCCUGUCUCAUGUGACCGGAAGGGACUGUGGUCACUGCCGCCCUGGUUUUUACGACCUCCAGCCGGGGAGAGGCUGCCAAAGCUGCAAGUGUCACCCACUGGGCUCCCAGGAGAAUCGGUGUCACCCUGAAACGGGCCAGUGCCCCUGCCGCCCGGGGGUCACCGGCCAGGCCUGCGACAGGUGCCAGCUGGGCUUCUUCAGCUUUUCUGCCAAGGGCUGCCGGGCUUGCAGGUGCUCCCCGCUGGGCGCCGCCUCCGCCCAGUGCCACGAGAACAGCACGUGCGUGUGCAGGCCCGGCUUCGCGGGCUACAAGUGUGACCGCUGCCAAAGCAACUUCUUCCUCACGGCAGACGGCAGCCACUGCCAGGAGUGCCCGGCCUGCUACGCCCUGGUGGAGGAGGGGGUGGCCAAGCUGAAGGCCAGGCUGGCGCUGGUGGAGGAAUGGCUGCAGGGGUCUGACUGCAGCAGUCCCUGGGAGCCCCUAGACAUUCUUCAGGAGGAGACCCCGCGGGGGGACGCCUACCAGCGCCACCUGCUGCCAGGGGCCCGGGAAGCCUUUCUGCUCCAGAUGACCGGCCUGGGGCGAGCUGUGAGGGCCGCAGGGGAGCAGCUGCGGGCGCUGGACACGAGCGCCCGCUGCGACGGGAAGACCUGCAGCCAGCUGGCCGACCUCAGGGUGGCGCUGGCGGCCUCCGAGGAGGAGAUCCUGCAGGCGGCCUCCGUGCUCACCUACCUGGUGAGGCUCCCGGAAGGACCUGGCCACCCCACCAACUGGAGCCACCUGGCCACAGAGGCACGGGCCUUCGCCAGGAGCCACAGGGACACCGCGGCCCAGGUGGAGGCCGCCGCGCAGCGCGCCCUGCUGGCCUCCAACACCAGCGCCCUGCUGCUCUGGAGCCUGGUGGACGAUCGCGAGGCCCUGGAGGCCCGGCGGGAGCUGGAGGACAGGUACCAGGAGGUCCAGGCGGCCCAGCACGCACUGGACACGGCUGUGGCGGAGGUGCUGCCCGAAGCUAAGCGGGUGCUAGCCACAGUACAGCAUCUCACAGUUGAUACGGCUCCACGCCUGGCCUUGCUGGCUGCCCCCGGGGUGCCGCCUCAGAAGUCACCAGCCAGAGACCUGGGGUUGAAAGUUCGGGCCCUGGAGCAGACUGUGGCAUGGAGAGAGCGAGCAGCCACCAAGCGGGUAGAAGCCUUGCAGGCCUCGGCCCGCACGGCCCUGCAGGAGACGGAGCCGCUCACACGGCUGCGCCAGGAGGCCACAGCGGCCCUGACCCGCGCGUCCGCAGCCGUCCAUGCCGCCACAGUGACCGUCACCGGAGCCAGGACCCUGCUGGCUGACCUGGAAGGAAUGAAGCCGCGGUUCCCACAGCCUCGGGACCGGGCCACGCUGCAGAGGAAAGCAAGUGUAGUCCGGGGCAGGCUCCUCGCAGACACGAAAAAGAAGACCAAGCAGGCAGAGAGGAUGCUGGGAAAUGCGGCAUCUCUCUCCUCCAGCGCCAGGAAGAAGAGCAGAGAAGCAGAGCUGCUGGCGAAGGACAACGCCAAGCUUUCCAAGGCCGUGCUGAGGGCAGGGAAGCGAGGGCAGCGCCGGGCGGGUGGGCUGGCCAGCCAGGCGCAGGCCACCCUCCAGCAGGCUUCUUGGCUGGCGAGAAUCUCCGGAGCUCGUCGACGGGAGCUGGAGGCAGCUGAGCAGGUGAGUGCAGGGCUGAGCUCUCUGGAGCAGCACAUCCGGGCAUCGCACAUCUCCCUGGAGAAGGACAUCAAGGCCUUGUCCGAGCUGCUAGCCAGGCUGGGGUCACUGGACACAGACCAAGCCCCUUCCCAGGCCUUGAACGAGACCCAGCGGGCACUUGACAGCCUGAGGCUGCAGCUGGGCUCCCAAGGGGCCCUGCACAGGAGGCUGCAGCAGCUGGAGCAGGAGUCUGAGCAGCAAAAGCAGCAGAUCCAGGACUUUGAGAACGACCUGACUGAGAUCCGGGCUGACAAACAGAACUUGGAGGCCAUUCUGCACAGCCUGCCUGAGCCCUGUUCCAGCUGGCAGUGAGGACCCCAGGCCCCUUGCGUAUGCUCCUCCCCCAGGAUCUGAGUGUGCAGCAGACUGACUUACUGAAGCCACUUUCUGCCCUGGCCCCAGGCCCCUUCCAUCUGGUGACCUGCUUGAAGAAGCCAGGCCCUCGGGGGUCUAGAGGGGCCUGAGAGAGGCCACCAGGAGCAACCUUAUGCCCCCUGCUGACCCAGCCAGCCUGGGAUGGACACUUCCUGAACUGGUCCUGUUGCCUCACCUGCCACCAAGGGCGGCCCCCGGGGCUGUGCAAGCCUGGCCGCCCUUCCCAUCUAACCUUGCCCAGGGAAUGCUCCUGGGGCCAGGCCCGUGGUGGGGCCCUCUUCCAGGAUUCCCCCUGCAUUUCCUCCCCGUGCUCUUCUCCCCUUUCCUGGGGCCUCUUCUAGCAGGCCAGGACCUUGGCCUGGGUUGACAGGGCCUUUCUGGGCCCAGUUCCUCCCCUGAGUCCAGGGAGGGACAGGCGAUGAAGAGGAA